AUGUUUCUUCGUGUCCUUGUGCUCCUUCUCCUAACCGGAAACUUGACAGAAGCACGAAAACCUCAUCGAUUUCUGGGAAAGGUUGGAAGACGCAUGGUGAUCAAUGAUGGUCUCGAUUAUUUGGCAAGACAAAGCGGUGAGUAUGCACACAAGGUAUUGCGAGGAAAACGUUCAUUUUCAGAGUUCAAGAUGCAACAAGACGCGUAUCGUGCGGCGUCAGAUGGAGAAGUGGCGCUGACGAAGACGUUCCAGGCGAUCACCAUAAACAAGUGGCUCCGCGAGCAAGCGUCGGCCGAGAAUCCCAACUGUGAAAUAUUUGCAGGCCAGUUGAUGACGAUCCUUGACAAGAAUAUGAAUGCAACCAUUUGUGGAGCGACUCGGCUCAAUUAUGGUGGGUUGCGGUGAGAGGCACUCGUAAUAUCUUCUAGUUUUCAAACUUUCAGUUCAAUUCCUCGAUUAUCUUGCCAAGAAUCGUCAAAAAUGGAAGAAAAAUCUGCAGAACGAAGAAGCGACAUUUGAGAUCGUACCGAACGAAAACAGAGAGGAGAUGCGGCUGAUCACGACGUUCAAACAGGAAUCCAAGAUGGGAUACGUCUCGAGACAAGUGUACGAGAUGGAUUUAAAGUUGAGUUUCCCGGACAUGGACACCUACGUCUACUACACGAUAGACUCGUUCAAUGUGAAGGGAGGAUGUACGGAACACGGAGACAUUGAUCUCUCGCAGACGAGUCUCAAACACGUGGAAACGGAGAUUUGGAAGAGUGGCGAUGUGAAGAACUUUCUGCAGCUGGUCACUCCGAAAGAGUACCAGGGCGUGCAUGAAGAUGCCUUCCAGCUGCCCACUUUGUGGUUGAAUGGAUUGGAGAAGGACGAGUACUUGACGGCAAGUGUCUGCGAUGCGACGAGUGACACGCCGAGGAGGUACACGAGGGAACACUUCCGCAGGUGGUUCAAGAUUUUCGGAAUUAUGUGGAGGCCCGCUGUUAAUAAUGUGAGCUCAGCAUCUGAAACAGUUGUCAUCAGUCCGUUUUCAGACCAAUUUCAUAAAAGUGAGUCCGUUGGCCCAUUCGCCGUCGAAAAUCACCGCCCGUGUCACAUUUCGCUUGGUCAUGGGCGUCACUUGGUACGGAGGCGGGAAGGAGUACGAUUGGGACUUCAAGAUCACAACCGAAUAUGUAUGUACAAUAUCUAAUCUUUCACUACAAAACAUUAAGUUUCUAGGACAAACAUGGCAACAAUCUAUGGCCAAUCUCGAUGAUCGACGUGGCAUGUCCGCCUGGCCUUGACCUCAUGAAGGCCAGCUACGAUGCGUAUCGCCUUAUCAUCGGAGCAUCGUUCGUUCAAAUGGUGCCCAAUAAACUGCAGUGGUAUUCCGGGUUGUCCGCUUUUGAGACCUACACAAGGUCGGAGAAAAUAGAGAUUGAGAGUUGUCACGAGAAAAUGAAUAGUAUCAGUGAGUAUGCAAACAAAAUGAGUCAAAAUGCCAAAUUUUGAGUUUCAGAAGACCUCGAGAAACAGUUCUGGCGCCCGGACAGUCGGUACAAUCACACCUACCUUCAGGGAUACAAUAUAAUAGAAGAAGAGGGUCUCGCAACGGCUGACACCCACUUUUCGUUGUUUGUUCGCCUGCGCGCCGACUCGGACCUUUAUUACGGCAAUAAGACUGUUGGAAUGGAAGGCGAUUGGACGUUUACAUUGAAUGGCAGCCCAGGGACCAGUUUUAUUACAUCAAGAGGAUCGAAUUCGGAUGUCCGCAAGAAGUGGAUGUGCAGAGAAACUACAGGAAUUUGAACUAUCCGCACUAUUGGAAGAUCUCCACUGGAAUCGUUUUGGAGAAAGAGCUGAAGCCUCUGGAUCCAGAACCUUACUAA